AGAAACCUUUGUUCUGUAUCUCCUCCUGAAGCGAGAUUUAAAAAAAACAAGAGCCUGUCAGUGCUUCCUGCAAAAACUGCACUCGCGUUUUUGUGGGUUGGCGAUCGCUGAUGGAUGUUUUAAAGAUCAUAAAAUAGCACAAUUCAUUUAUUAGGCGGUCUGAUAUUUUUUUGUUCCUGAUCGCUACAACCCGAAGUGGGGGGACAUCUGCACGUUUUUCUUUUUUUUUCCUGUCAGCUCUUAAAUGGAAAUAAAAAGGGGAACUGAAAGUGGAACCAGUCGAGGUAAUGAUCUUCCAGUCCAACAUCUACGUCUCUUGGCCCCGCCCUUGCAGCUGUUGUCAGCCGCAGUGUGGCAAGUAGUGCAGCAGGGACUUGUGGACCACUACGGGAUGCUGGAGGAGUUUGUUACCAUGGUGACGGAACUGGUCCCAGAGCUGAUGAGCUAUAGUCAGAGGGCUCAGCUCAUCCUGGGACUCAGGGCCAGGCUGGUUCUGGACAUGUGUCGAGGUGAGCACCCAGUGGACAUGCAGACUAUUCAGCCACAUCUGGACAGAAUUAAAGCUCCCGUCAGCACGGCCAAGGAUCACCAUGUAACCAUAAACCAGGUGGAGGAAUCGGAGGUGAACUUUGUGGAGUUGGUGCAUUCAUUACUGGAGGAUCCCUCGGAAAGAAAAUAUUUUUUUGAAGAAAUAUUCCCUGUGUAUUUUGGGCCAAAGUAUGAUGCAGCACUUGAGAUGCUGGUGUGGGAGUUCAUAUCAAGACUGGAGGAGCUGCUGCCAGCUCCAGACUUCACACAGUUGGCAGCUUUUCUUGGAGACACUCCGUCAUUCCUAGACGAAUGUCUACGAUCCUUUUUUCCGCCAGAGGACAUGAAGGGUGUACUUGAACAUCACAGAAACCUCGGCCAUUUUGAAGAGAAAGAUCCUAGAUUAUUACCGAUGGAUGACUGCAUCCUCUCCUCACUGUCUCUGCCUCCUGGGACCAAAUCUGUCACAAACACCACCUCAUGCUCACCUGCUCUCAAAGAUUCAAACCCUUCAGAGCACAAAGGGAAUCUCGACGCUCUCUUCGACACAAGCAGCCUGGAGAGGGCGAUGAGGAGGAGCUCUGAGACAGUGAGACAAAGACUGGAGGAGACAAGAGACUUGGGCAGCUGGCAGCUGCAGGUUAGAGGCCGGAAACUUUCUCAGGAGAGGAAAGUGCAAGACUCAGUUAGUGCACAACCAAGCGAUGAAACCAUAGACCUCACUAAGUCUAAUGAGACUGCAGACAAGGAUUCAGCAGCCAAUGACAACAACCAAAGCGUGAGAGGAACGCGGGUUCUCAGGAAGAGGAAGCUGAGCGAAGGCGUGGACAUUCCCGCAAAACAGCCUGCGGAGGCGACGGCUUUCUUGGAUUCGUCAGUGGAUGAUGAGAAUUCAGGUGAAUCUCCUCUAAUCUCAAUAUGGGGAGAAUAUACAGACUCUCAGGAAGGUUCUUUCCCAGUAGUUACGGACACAAAAGUUCCCUGGUCGGAUGAGGAGACACUCAAUCUGCUCGACAUCUGGGGGAAGGACUCAGUGCAGCGGGCUUUAAAGGGCUGCUUGAAAAACCGUCACAUAUUUACGCAGAUCGCUCAGAAGAUGGCAGAGAGGGGCUACAUGAGAACGGUGGAACAGUGCCAGACCAGGAUCAAACGACUUAAGAAAUGUUUCCGCAAGAACAACAAAAGGAACUCCAGACUGGAGUAUAAAUUUUAUGAGCAGCUGAAACGGGUACUCGGAUCCUCAGCUCCCUCAGCUGUUCCUGAGGUCACCUAUGAUGUCGAAGAGGUCAUCGAUGAAGACGAGUCACAAGACGGCGAUGAGGACUUGCGGUUUCUCGGCCAUACGAGCCGACCGGAAAUCGGAACUAGAAGCGUUCCGUGGACAGACUUUGAGUCGUUGGCCCUCAUCAACACGUGGGGGGAAGACAAGAUGCAACAGGAGCUGAGAGGGAUGCACAGGACCGGACACCUUUUUACGCACAUUUCCAACAAGAUGUCCGCCCAGGGCUUCUCCCGAACGCCAGAGCAGUGCCAAACAAGGCUGAAGAGGCUGAAAUCAAAUUUCAGGCAAUGCUACCAAAACAACAUGAAGGGACAGGAGCAUGUUGAGUGCAAGUUUUACAACGAACUGGGAAGCAUUUUAGUGAAGGACUUCCCGUCAGUGCCACAGCCGGAGGAAAUGCCUGGAGAACCUGAAGACAACGACUCACCGCCUUUCUCCCAUCAGGAUAUGGAGUCUGCUGUUGGUGUUCAGGAGGACAGGAGGAAAGUCCCCUGGUCGGACAAAGAGACCAUCAUCCUUCUAGAGAUCUGGGGAGACUCACAGGUCCAGCAGAGCAUGAGACGCUACCCACACAACGGUCACAUUUUCACCGAAAUAUCAGAGAAGCUCACCGCCAACGGCUACUCCCGCAGUGCAGGGCAGUGCCACACCAGGAUCAAACGCCUGAAAGCCAACUACCGGCAGUGUCAGGAAAACCUGAACUCAUCGGGGACUGACAGAGUCGACUUUAAAUUCUAUGAUCUGCUGGAACAAAUCCUGGACAAGCAGCCGUCAACAUCCUCCACUGUGGUAACAGACUCCAUCGAAAUAUCAGAAGAAUCCAAUUGUGAAUCAGUGACCGAAACAGAUGUAGAAAACAGCAUGUCAACAGAGAAAUCGUCAACUAGCUCGUGGUCUGACGAGGAGACCCUGGCGCUUAUGGAGAUCUGGGGCGAGGAAGACGUUCAGAAGGCACUGAGGGGUUCUGUGCACAACGGACACGUUUACGCCGACAUUUCGGAGAGACUGCGCGACCUCGGCUACUCAAAGACCUCGGAGCAGUGCCGCUGGAAAGUCAAGUCACUGAGGAACAACUUCCGACACUGCUACGACAGAAAGAAAUGUGGAAGAAGAGUAGAUUACAAAUUCUACCACCAGCUGGAAGAAAUACUCGGUCAGGAAGCAGUUUCUAUCGAUGAGUAUGAUGAAAAGGACGAACAAGCAGACCAAGAUCCAGGUGCAGAUGUGAACACAGCGUGGACGGAGCAGGAGACGGUCGCUCUCGUUGAGGUGUGGGCUGCAGACGACGUGCAGCACAGCCUGAAAACCUGCGUCCGCAACGGGCACAUAUUUGCCGACUUAUCAGAGAAAAUGAUCGCCAUGGGAUACCCGAGGACGACGGAGCAGUGCCACUCCCGGAUCAAAAGGUUGAAGAAGAGUUACAGGCGUUAUUGCAACAGCUGGAGAAGCGGAGGACGGCAAACUGUGUUCCGGUACUUCCACCUCCUGGCUCCGGUGCUUGGUGAUGACUCUGUAUGUCCUGAAGUGGACAGUGCUGCUACUGACGCCACCUUGCAGACCCUUAUGGACAAGGAAUCUGACAUGUACGAGCAGCCCUCGUCCAGCCACCUCCUGGCUGACCAGAGCAGAAAGAUGCCCUGGUCCGACCUGGAGACACGCACCCUGCUGGAGAUCUGGGGUGAAGACAACGUCCAGCUCACCCUGAAAGGCUGCCUGAAGAACCGCCACGUGUUCGAGUACAUCUCCGAGAAGAUGGGUGACGGAGGAUUCAUAAGGACCUCAGAGCAGUGCUACACACGCAUCAAACGCCUUAAACAUGGCUUCCUCCAUGAAAAGGAGGAUUAUAAAUUCUUCAAUGAGAUGAAUGAAAUCUUCGGGAGGGAGCUGAAAGUGGAGGACUUGGUCACAGACACGUCAGUCACAGAUGAGCCAGAUGACUGCACUCAAAAGAAAGCAACCUCAGGUACCCAGUGGACGGCGGACAGCUCGAAGCUGGCCUGGAGCGACGGGGAGACCCAGCUCCUCCUGGACAUUUGGGGGAGCGAGGACAUCCAGGAGACCUUAAAAGGCUGCACAAAGAACAAGCACAUCUUCAUCCAGAUCUCCGAUGCCAUGGCGAGCCAGGGCUACCAGCGCACUCCUGAACAGUGUCAGACCAGAAUAAAGAGGCUGAGGGCCAAUUUCCGACACUUCCUAGAAGGCAGGAAAGGAGAGAAACAGGAAUGCAAGUUCUUUGACCAGCUGGUGCAGAUAUUUGGCAGCAAGUAUAUAAUAAACUCUGACCCGCUGGCCGAAGAUACAGCUGAUGGCGAAGAUCUAGAGACCUGAAACUGUCCGUCAUCGUAGAGUCAAAUCACAAGGACACAGCAGCUGCAGGAUGACUGAAGAACAUCCAGAAGGGAACAAACACGGAAGGACACUGAAGCAGAAACUGUUACAUUAACAGCUGUGGUGUGCAGUUGUUUACAGAUGACGUUUGCCUCUGUACGUACUUCAAAUACUUUUACAUUCUUUAUACACACAGACUGUUGGUGUCUGUCUGUCUGUCUGUCUGUCUGUCUGUCUGUGUGUGUGUGUGUGUGUGUGUGUGUGUGUGUGUGUGUGUGUGUGUGUGUGUGUGUGUGUGUGUGUGUGUGUGUGUGUGCGCGCGUGUGUGUGUGUGUGCGUCCCUCCUACUGUGUGUCUUUGUAUCAUUUACAAUAGAGCCAUGAAACUAAAAACCAGGAAGCUCAGGGCUCGAGGGACAAUAAUGUAUUUCUGAUUUUGAUGUAGUGUGAGUCAAAGAAAAUGCAGUUUUAGCUAGUAUUUAUUUAUUUUGUACUUGGAACUAAAAGUGAGUGAAUCAAAGCACAAGCAAAAAGAAAUAUACGCAGAGCCUCUUUUACUGUAACCACAGCGUACAUUUGCUUUUUGGUCUUAAUUUAGGUUUCACUUGUUAACUUUCUGUCUUUGCACUUGUUUACAAUGUCUGAAUCUGAGUGAUGAAAGUUGAAUUCAUGAAGCUAAUUCUUAUUUUUUACACAGUAUGAGUUGAUUUUUUUCCAGAAUUGUAUUUAUUUAAAUUAUUGUUUACGCAUGUAUUUCCAAAGUUUUACAAUUUACUUAACAUAUGUUACGCUUCAAAUCUUAUUGAAUUGCAUUUUUUUCACAAACAUGUCAAGGUUUUAUCA